AUGGCCGGUGUUCCUAGGAUGCUCUUCCUUCUUCUUCUAGCUAUCACUUCUCAGGGUACGUACACAUGCUCUUGGCCUACUCAUUCCUACAUCUUCCCUCUGAAUCUUCGUCCUUAAUUCAACCUCUAACAGUCAGUCGUUUCUAUUAUCGAAAGGCGUUCAGCUUAUAAUUAGCCCUCACCUCCUUCUGUGGCUUCGUUCUUUCUUUCUGGUUGUGUAGUAUCUGGACAGCCAUGCAUCCAAACCAACCUGCGCACCACCGGAGCACGCCAGGGUUUGGACCUCGAGUUCGAGGUGGAGAUCAAGAACGUCUGUACCUGCGCUCAGAGGGGGGUGCGGAUUGACGCCCCCGGAUUCGCUAGCCAGAAGCUAGUGGAACCCAAAAUUUUCCGCCGGGACGGAACCGCCUUCCUUGUCAACGGCGGGAACCCGAUCCCCGGCGGUGGCGCUGUGAAGUUCACCUAUUGGUGGGAUCAUGCAGCGCACUUCUCUCUCGCUGGAUCACUGCCUGCCUGCUGA